GCUGUGUCCCUUCAACAGUCAGCUGCGGGGAGCACAUUUCACUGAGGGGCUCUGCAGACUAACACUCUCACACAUGUGCUUACAGAACUCACAAGCAGACACAAACACAAGCGCACGGACACUCUCCUGCACGCGCGCACAAACACACGCACAGUGUCCCUCCAGCAGAUCCACAUUUCCCCUGAGGAGAAGCAAACGAAAGGACAAACUCCUUUGAGGAUUAACUUGGCUUUGUCAUCAAAAGGCCAAAAAGAAGGAUUUCUUUGGCUCCGCUGGAAAUGCACAACUUGUCAGCAUGACACCUUUUCCGGAUUCUCCUUUUGGCAGGCAAAAAUCCUGAAAAUGAUGGAUGACAACAAGCAGCUGGCUCAGCGCAUAGAUGGGGCCAUUCAGUCGGCCAGCCAGGAAGUGACCAACUUGCGCUCGGAGCUGAGCGCCACCAGCCGCAGACUGACCGAGCUGGGUGCUGCUGACCCUUCCGGCUGCAUUCUUGAGAGCAGGCAGCACAACCACAACGAUACUUCUCCGCACUCGAGGCAGAAGGCGCCCUCCACUGACCUGUGCUACACGAGUGAAAUCAGCAGUCUGAUGGACUUCAACUCUCCUGAUGCCUCCCUAGACAAAGUUCUACUUCGUGAGGAGGUGGCCCAACUGCAGGAAGAGGUGCACCUGCUGCGCCAGAUGAAGGAUAUGUUGAGUAAGGACCUGGAGGAGAGCCAAGGAGGAUGUUCGGCCGAGGUGCUUUCUGCCACCGAGCUCCGCGUGCAGCUGGCCCAAAAGGAGCAGGAGCUGGACCGAGCCAAAGAGGCUUUGCAAGCCAUGAAGUCAGACCGUAAGCGUCUUAAGGUGGAAAAGGCAGACCUGGUGAAUCAGAUGCAGCAACUUUAUUCCACACUGGAGAGCCGAGAGGAGCAGCUCCGGGAUUUUAUUCGCAACUACGACCAGCACAGAAAAGAGAGCGAGGAUGCGGUGAAAGCUCUUGCCAAAGAGAAAGACAUGCUGGAGAGAGAGAAGUGGGACCUGCGGCGACAGACCAAGGAAGCCACCGAGCACACGGGAAUGCUGCGAGCACAGCUGGACCUCAAGGAAAACCGCAUCAAGGAGCUGGAGGCUGAACUGGCGAUGGCCAAACAGUCACUAGCCACCCUUACCAAGGAUGUGCCUAAACGUCACUCCCCGGCAAUGCCAACAGAGCCGGUUGUCAACGGUAACAACCAGGAGUGGGUGAUGCAAGCUGACCUUCCCCUCACUGCUGCCAUCAGACAGAGUCAGCAGACCCUCUACGUGCACACGGGCCAUCCCACCGACAGACAAGUGGCUGCUGUGAGGUUGAGCCCGUGCCACUCACGUCAGCCCUCCAUCAUCUCCGAUGCCUCGGCUGCGGAGGGAGACAGGUCGUCCACACCUAGUGACAUCAACUCUCCACGUCAUCGGACACACUCACUCUGCAAUUCUCUAGAAGAUCUGGAGGUGGCCAAAUGUAAGAAGAAGAAGGACAAAAUGGGCCUGGGUUCUUUGUCGCGAGUCUUCACCCGAAAACAACGCAAGUCCCUGGACCCGGGUCUGUUUGAUGGUACUGCAACACCCGAUUAUUACAUAGAGGAGGACGCCGACUGGUGAAGGCCACACAGAGCCUCUGUAGAAAUGAUCGGAGGAUGGCGCUAGGUUUUAAUGUGCGUCACGAACAGCAUGUGUGAAGGUGUGCGAGUGUGAGCCAGCAAAUCGCACUUGUACGUACGGUAUGUACAUUGAUGUAAAUAGUGCGCAACAUGGUGAAUUUCAGUUUCAAUUCUCUACUUUGAUUUUCACUCAACUGCAAACUUGAAGGACUGCUGUACAUGUAAAUAACAACAGUUGACGUGCACUUUGUGUGUGUGUGUGUGUGUAAAUGUCUCCAUGUCCUGAAUGCCUUUUCUUAUUUUUGAAUAUGUAACCCUGACUACCUUUUAAGUCCCCGCCACCCACGUUUACCGUCUUGCCUGCCUGGUUCAUUCCCCGUCCUGAGAACAGUUUUCCUGUGGGCGGCAUGCAGACUCCUCAAAUCCAUCCCAUUCUCUCCACAGUCAGGCAAACUACACAAACGCCUCUUUUAGCGGAAUGAAUCGUCCACUCAAGGCAUUUUGUUCCCUAGCAACAUGAGGCCUAGCAGGGAUUGUGGGAACUGUGAUUUCUAUCUGUUCAGAUAGAAGCGUUUAUACGUACAUACAUGCGUGCCGUAUUGUGCCAUGCAUGCACAUACUGUCCCACAGCGCAUGCGACUCUGACGCCACCGUCCGUAAAAUGAACUAACAACUGUCUGCUUUGAGAAAAGAGAGGUCAGUUACCCCUGCCACACUCUCAAACUUGUCAGGAACUUGUUAGCCGUUGUAACUUCAAUAAUUCUUAAACACACACAGUGACUAAUCAAACAUUAAUGGAAAGUUAAGUCAACCAAAAUUAUUCCAAAAAGAAUCUCGUGUAUGCCAUACGUAUUUGGUUUCUGAAAAUUAGAUGUUUUUCUGCAUAGAGUGUAACCUUUUCAUAAGAUUUGAUUCUCAGCUGUUAUUUUCCACCAACAUUAUGUCACGUCGGUUAAACUGUGAUGAUUAGUGUUCAUAUAUCGGUUUCAUUUGUUAUUCAAAUUUGAUAGGUAUUCUUUUGAACGAUAAUUUAUCUUUAUGAAAUGCUUUUUGUUAACAUUUCAAGGUGUCUGGAACUGAUAAACUGUAUUUACUUGAUUUUUUUUUUUAAAUAGAAAAUUAGGUCCAUUUUCAAAAUAUGUGGUUUGGGUCAGAACAACUGAGCUUCUGCUGUUUAAAUAGUGCACUUAAUGCAUAAGGUCUCCUUGUGCUUUGCGUAAUUAAAACUACAAAUGUUUAAAAAAAAAUUCUAAUCAGUUGCAAAAACAUUCUAGAUUAUUUUUAUGCACUGAUAUUGAAUCUGACUCCCCCCCCCCCCCCCUUCUAGCACAGGGGUGUCAAACUAAUUUUUGUCGCGGGCCGCAUCGUACCCAAAGUUUCCUUCGUAGGGCCAAUAGGACCUUCAACCCAAAUGAAUGUAUGAACUUCUCAUAUACAGUAUAGGCUACACAACAAACUGAUUUCAUAACUAGCUUUGAAAUCAGAGACUAGUAAGAACUGUUUAAAUUUUUUAAAAGAUGAAUGGUAAUAAAAAAAAUGCUUGAAACGUCUGAAACAUCUGUAUUUUUUAAAAGUGAAGACAAUUUGAAAUUUUAGUAUUGACACAAAGUUGAUGCUCAAUUUGUCUUCGUGGGCCAAGUAUAAUUCCACUAUAGACCAAAUCUAGCCCGCAGGCCAGAGUUUGACACACCGCUCUAGCAUAUCAAGUUUUCAUAAUGAUAAUAAUAAAAUAACCAUAUAAUACAAAAUAUAGGAAUGUAUUUUGUAAUACUCGUGAAUGAAGGGUUAAGAGCAGCAACAGCUAAAAAACAAAUUCAGAAAUGUCAUAGUUAUAUAAAUUAUGACGCAUGGUAAAAUCCGGAAUCUGCAAAGCUAUACAUAGACGGAAAAUAUCUGAAUAUACAAUAUAUUUAGGGACACAUGUAGCCAUCUCUGACUAACAUUUGCUGUUGACCAGUGUUAUUAGUGCUCUUUUGCUGGAUCGGGCUGGAAUCUGCAGUGCCUCGCCCCCAGGAAAUCUCAUCUCUAGAUCCUAAUCUAACCUCACUUUCCCCUGCAACACUAGUGCUGGCUGUGUGCGGUGGUGGGUGCCUUCAGCACAAAGCUCGCCCUGCAAAACUUAAGCUAUAAAAUCAAUUAUGAAUUGGACUGUAUGCAUAAGCACUUCCAAUUGUUUAUUUCACCAAACAUUUCGGCUUUAAUUUUGUUCUCUUGCCAACUUUCAGAAAAAGCCAAGAGGUCAUUUCAGUCUUUGAGACCAUUUCUGUGUUUAUUUUUUUAAUUAUUUUUUUGCUCAAAUGUUUUACUCAUUGUAAAUGGGACAACAAUAGGGAAAAUUAAUAUUAUUGAAGAAUAUUAAGAAUGACAGUGAGAGAGCAGAGAGCGGCCUUUAAUUGUAAAGUUGUGAGAUGUGUAUGUGUGACGAUUUAAAAGGCAUGGUUAAACUAAGGACAAGGAAACAAGGAGGUGAUAUAAAAUCUAAAGAAGUAAGAGUAUUUUAAAAUGAAAAUAAAUCAUGUUGAAUUUUUA